CCCGCCCCUCCUCAGAAAUUCGAGGUUGGGCAGCUUAGGAGGCGUUGGAGUCGUUGGUGGCCGCAGCAAAAUGUUUUUAAUUCGGAGGUGUCUCUGCUCCCUCGGCAAUAAGGGUGAACUACAGAAGAUCACUUGUACUUCACGAUGCUUUCCUUUUUCUACUUCCGCUAAAAUGUCUGAAAAGUUCAAAAAUGCAAGACGAAUUGAAGGACUUGGUCGUAAUGUGUGGGUUGAAUUUGCUAAGCUGUCUGCACACCCCUCUAUUGUGAAUCUUGGCCAAGGCCAACCAGAUAUACCCCCUCCUAUAUAUGUUAAAGAAGAGUUAGCAAAGGUAUCAGCGAUUGAUAUAAUGAAUCAGUAUACACGAGGCUUUGGUCAUCCAUCACUGGUGCAAGCUUUAUCUUGUCUAUAUGGAAAGAUUUAUGGCAGACAGAUUGAUCCAAAUAAUGAAACAAUAGUAACAGUGGGAGCAUAUGGAUCUCUUUUUAAUGCCAUACAAGGGUUAGUUAAUGAAAAAGAAGAAGUGAUCAUCAUCGAGCCUUUCUUUGACUGCUAUGAGCCCAUGAUAAAGAUGGCAGGAGCGAUCCCUGUCUCUAUCCCCUUACGCUUGAAACCUACUAAGGAAAAUGGAUGGACCAGUGCCUCGUGGAUAUUAGAUCUUGAAGAACUAGAAAGUAAAUUUAGUUCAAAAACCAAACUUCUUAUAAUAAAUACUCCACACAAUCCCACUGGCAAGAUAUUUUCCAAAGAAGAGCUUCAAGGAGUUGCCGAUCUUUGUAUUAAAUAUGAUAUCAUUUGCAUCAGUGAUGAGGUGUAUGAAUGGCUAGUAUAUACUGGAUAUAAACAUAUUAAAAUAGCAACUUUACCGGGUAUGUGGGAAAGAACAAUAACUGUAGGAAGUGCUGGAAAGACAUUCAGUGUGACUGGCUGGAAGCUUGGUUGGUCUGUUGGUCCUAACACUCUCAUAAGACAAAUGCAAACUGUACAACAAAAUGUCAUUUAUACUUGCGCAACUCCUUUACAGGAGGCUUUGGCUCGAGCUUUGUGGGUUGACAUUAACCGUAUGGAUGAUCCAGAAUGCUACUUUUAUUCUCUGCCUCGGGAACUGGAACCAAAACGGGAUCGGAUGACCCAGUUACUCCAAAGCAUUGGACUGAAACCCAUAGUCCCUGAAGGGGGAUACUUCAUCAUUGCUGAUGUUUCAGUGCUAAAUAUAGAUGUCUCUGAAGUGAAGGGAGAUGAACCUUAUGACUAUAAAUUUGUGAGAUGGAUGAUUAAAAAUAAGAAACUGACAGCCAUUCCUGUUACAGCAUUCUGUAGCACCAACAAAAAACAGUUUGAGAAAUAUGUACGGUUUUGCUUUAUUAAACAAGACAGUACCCUGGAUGCUGCUGAAGAGAUCAUCAAGACCUGGGCAAAGGGGUGAUCAUUUUUGCCAAUAAACCUAUCUGUGUGGCUUUUGUAAUUUAACAAAAUAAAGUUGCUGCCACCUACUGGA